UUUAAACAUGCUUAUCUCGCAAAACACAGAAUUAUUGAAUGUUUUUUAAUAAAUUGGAAAGAUAAAACGUUAUCAAUUCUCUAAUCAUUUGUAGAGAUAAUAUGAGUGGCUCUGAAAUUGUCACUUAUUAUAGUAAAUUUUAAAAUUAUCUAGUGUUACAUAUUUUGAAUAAAUUAUUGUUCUGAAUAUGGGUUUAAUCGGUGGAUUUAAAGCCAAAUUCAUAAGAAAUAGAAAACAGAAAGAAAACACUCAAGAAGUGGUCGUUCCUUUACAUUAUCGAGUCAAAGCAGAAUUUGAUUCACAAAAUCCACCAGAUGCAGUUCCCAUUGGAAUUAAAUCAGCACUCCGAAAACCAAGAACUCCUAUCCGAUCAGACACAUUUACUGAAACGUCUAAAACCAUAAGUGAAAAACUGAAAAGUGCAUCCUUAAAAAACGUAGGAGAAAAUUCAUCUGAUUCAGAAAUACCUAAACAAGAAGGGAGAAAUAAAACAUAUAUUGAUAAAGGAGACAAUACAACAGAAAAUUCGAACCCAUAUGUAAAUAACAAAAAAGGAGAUCAUAGAAAUGUCAUUAGUAAUAAUUCAGAUUCGACGCUUAUUCUAAUGACACAAGGUUCAGAUUCUUCACCCACUAAAAACUUCAAAACAAAUUCACGACGUACUCUGCCUACACCUGAAGUUCAAGUUGGUGGUCCUUUCCCAAUGAAUUCAAAUCUACCUAUGGAUUAUGAAGAAUUUAAAGUAAACGUGAUGCAACACGAUCAAUUUUAUGAAUCCGAAGAGGAAGAUUUUGAAGAACCAAUAGAUAUGUCACAAUAUGCUCGCCCAUCAUUUAGUUACAGCAGUCAAGCAACUAGUAUCUUUUUUGGGGACACAGAACCAACAAUUACUCGUCCUAGAAAAAUUAUAUUGAGAAACGGAGAUGUAGAUGAAGAAGGAGAAGAAAAUGACUGUUAAUAGCUUUAUAUGUAUGUAAAAAUUUGGACAUUUUACUUUAGAAAAAUGUAAAAUUGUAAAAAUUUUUCAAUUUGACUUAUAUAAACAUGACUAUUUUUAAAAAAAUAAUGUAUUCACAAGAAAAUGAUGUUUAAUAAUUUAUGUAGAUGUAACAUGACAGAUACAAAAAACUAAAAAUAUAAAGUUUUUAUAGAAAGACUAAAAAAAUAUUUUAGUUUUAAGGAUUUAGGAACGUAAGAAAUACAAGACAUACUAUUCUGAAAAAUUGUACAUUGUCCAAAAGAGACGAAAAGAUAUAAUUAUGAAAACAAUAACAUAAAAACUAAAAAUAAAGAUACAUUAGAGGUAUUAAAAACUAUAACCAAGCUAUAUUUCUAAUAAAAGGAAAUAAAGCAUCUGUAGUAGAAGCUGUAGUAACUGACAAUUAGGUAUAGAAAUAUGUGAUAAAAAUAAGAGAGGUGGACAUAUAUUGAGAAUACAUGAGACGAGAAUGAAAUACUUAAUCACUAUACCAACACUCACAAUUAAUCUUUUUGACACGCGUUUCUAUAACCAGAGACUGAAGGUAAACAGAGUUUACCUUCUCUGAAGACGAUAACUUGAUGAUGAUGAAUGUUGGUGUAGUGGUAAGAUAAAAUAGUGAAUUCAGUAUGAAUACCACUAACGGUUCCAGAAAUUCCAGCUUAGUGGGCAAACGGGAGUCAAAUUGAGAAAAUAUAUGUAUAGACAGAAGAACAAGUGACUUUUAUAUGAGGAUAGUAAAUAGGACACACAAUUAGUGAAGUGAGAGAAAUUGAAAAUAUGAGAAAUACAAUAUAAUGACAGAAACUUCCUUGAAUUUAAUUUGAUAGUACUGAAAAAACUAGCAUUCCAAUAUGGUGAUAAGGUAGAUAUUAUUUUUUAAUAACAAUUCCGUCUGCAGGGUAGAAAUUACAUAAUAUAUCUAUAUGAUUAGAUUUAAUUGUAAAAUGUAGACAAUAAAAAACAAACGAAAAUAUUUUAUUUUUAUAUAUAACCAUGAUAACUUCUUCAAGAAAAAUGAACAUAUUUUGUUUACCAGUUACAUGUCAAUAAAGCAUAUUUAAUUUCGCGCGCGAAGUAUAACAUCACUCAAUAAGUCGUGUGUAGUCAGUCAGGCUAAGGUUUCAGUAUUUUGGGAUGCGCAUGGAGUAUUGUUCAUCAAAUAUUUCCAUAAGUUAGAGAUAUUCAAUAGCGAAUACUACAUAGAGUUGUUGGAUCGACAAUGCACCGAUUCACAAGCUGAUGACAAAAAUGGUUAAAUUGAGCGAAUUACACUUCAAAUUUAUUUCUCAUCCGCGAAAAAUUGCUCAAGUAAGGAAUUUAGCUCAAAUGAAGAAGCAAUUGCUGAAUCUGAAGCUUAUUUUGAGGCAAAAGACAAAUCCUUCUACAAGCACGGCAUCAAGAAAUUAGAGAAGCGUUGGAAUUAUGGUAUCGCUCUUGAAGGAGAUUAUAUUGAUGAAUAAAAUCGAUUUCUGACAAAAAAAAUGUGUUUUCCAUAGUUACUCACAAGACUUAUUGAGUGCAUAAUUAUAUAUUUCGACUCCGGAAAACUGUUUAAAAACUUUAUUUAAUACAUUCACAAAAAAAAAUUUACAACUUGAAUAUACUAAUUUAACGAUUGAAUUAAUUAUAAAUGAUUGAACUAACGGAAUUGAUUUAAUGAAUGAAUUGCAAUUAUUUUGAUUAAUGGAAUGAAUAAAUUGAAUUCAUCUUUUGUUUCGCAAUAUUCAUAUUUAUAUUAAAAUUAAUACUGAUAAAAAGUUUACAAAAUAUAUUGUUUUAUUGUACUGUAUUAAUUCCUUUUGUGUUUCAAUAAUUUUGCGACGUUUCAGUUUUACUUUUAUGCGAUAACGCAUAAGACACCUUUUUAAAUCACAUGGAGAUUAUUUUUUAGGAAGAUAGGUAAACAUUCCAUCGCGCAUUUUUUAUAGAUCUAUAAAAGAAUAUUCUACCAUAUAUUUAAUAGAGAUUUUUCAAUAAAAGCUAGGCGGUUUAACUUGUUAUGAUACUCUCAACAAUUACCAUUAUAUUGCUACUAAUUCAGACAAAAUUUUGACAAAUUAUUUAACCAAUGCAUAAAUCUAUUUUAACCACGUUAAAACCAGCUUAUUAUUUUUUCUGUGUAUCGCGAAUAAACGCGACAGAGGGCUUUGUAUUAUAAUAAACAUUAUUGUAAUUCCUUCAAUUUGUCUAAUUACAUGAAAUUUUUCUCUCGACUUUAAAACAUGCAACUUUAUUAAUGUCAUUUAUAAAAAAGUAUCAAAAAGCUUGGUAUAACCAUAUUUGUGAUAUAUUAAUUAAAUUAUUAUUAAAUUGAGCCAUGUAUUUGCCAAUUAAACAAACUAUAUGCAAAAUUUAGAUUUUUGUUAUCUUGAUAAUAGCAGUAAGAAUGAUUGAUUUUAUGAUAUCAUCAUAUUGUUAUCUGUUCUCGACACAUAAUUUGCAAGAUUCCAUUGUAUACAGAUUGUCACACAUAAAUAUAAGCUAGCUAAUAAAAA